AGGAGCUAGACACUCACCACCACAGAUCAACUACCUUCCAAGCGAGUACCUCGGUUUUGAGAUAGUACUUGAUCACCUUCAUCACCGUCGUGCAAGAAUGAUCAGCACAAAGAGGCUUGUACAGAUGGCCAGGAAAUGGCAAAAGAUGGCUGCAAGAGGAAGGAAAAGAAUCUCAUUUGGUGUUGUGCCCAAGAGCAAUUCAAGCAAGAAAGUAGCUGCAAUUGCAGAGAAGGGACACUUUGUAGCCUACGCAUCUGAUGGCAAAAGGUACAUGGUUCCCCUUGCCUGCCUCCAACGGCCAAUCUUCCAGGAACUGUUGAAGAUGGCAGAAGAAGAGUUCGGGUUGAGCAUCAAUGGCGCAAUCACAUUCCCUUGUGAUUCUACAGUCGUUGAUUAUAUCAUGUCACUUGUGCAGAGAGACAUGUCCAGCCAGAUAGAGAAUGCACUGGUGGCAUCUCUGAGCAGCACUAGAUGCUUCUCAUCCUCGGUGUUGCCACAAUGCCAUCCUUGCCAACAAAUACCCCUUGAAGGGUUUUAACUGAAGGGUCUUUACCUUCACCGAGUAUAC